CUGGCCCCGCCCCAGGCGCAAGCUCCACUUCUCCCGCGCUGGGGCCCGCCUGGGGUUGUUAAGGGUCCAGCAGCCGCGAGCGGUCCAGCUUCUGAGAGACAGACAGCUUUGCGCCGGGCCGUCCCACUCUCCUCUCUUCCCGGCGCCGCCGCGCCCUUCCUCCGAUGGCCACAGAUGUCUUUAAUUCCAAAAACCUGGCCGUUCAGGCACAAAAGAAGAUCCUGGGUAAAAUGGUAUCCAAAUCCAUCGCCACCACCCUGAUUGACGACACCAGCAGCGAGGUGCUAGACGAGCUCUACAGGGUGACCAAGGAGUACACCCAGAACAAGAAGGAGGCAGAGAAAGUCAUCAAGAACCUCAUCAAGACGGUCAUCAAGCUGGCUGUCCUCCACAGGAACAAUCAGUUCAACCAGGACGAGCUGGCGCUGAUGGAGAAGUUCAAGAAGAAGGUGCACCAGCUCGCCAUGACGGUUGUCAGCUUCCACCAGGUGGAGUACACCUUCGACCGCAACGUCCUGUCCCGGCUGCUGAACGAGUGCCGAGAGUUGCUGCAUGACAUCGUUCAGCGCCACCUCACCGCCAAGUCGCAUGGACGGAUCAAUAAUGUCUUUGAUCACUUUUCAGAUUGUGAUUUCUUGGCUGCCCUGUAUAAUCCCUUUGGAAAAUUUAAACCUCACUUACAGAAACUCUGCGACGGCAUCAACAAAAUGUUGGAUGAAGAGAACAUAUGAGCCCGUGAAAUGGGAGCGUGACCAGCAACAAUUUAAGUGACUACGGAGCACUGCUCACUCAUGAAGGGAAGACAGA